AUGAUGCGUAAUUCGGGUAGCGGUCACCAGCACGGGCAUGCUGGUAACACACACAAAGGGGAAAAGCGUGCGGUAACGCUCGCGCGUCUCAAUGAGGAGCGUUUGGGUUACGCCAUAUCGUGCCUUGUGAACGAUGAUAAUGGUUCGGGUAGGCAGUUCGUAGUUUUCGGUAACGAUUACUCGUAUGCGGUGGUGAACGGUGUCUCAUUGAUCUACCCUGCAAAGGAGCCGAAGACAGCGAAUGCCGCCCCGGCACCCCCAGCUGGAGAGGGUGGCUCUUCGGGCAAGCGUUCGGGUUCCGGUAAAUUCAAGACCGACACUGAGAUUUCUGGCGCCAAGGGCCAGCGCCACAGCGAAAAGCUCGUGGAGUGGGCACCCGAAGCACCUCCUGCUGACAACCAGUUGUACACGCUGGAUGGGGAGCGCAAGACUGAGUGGGACCAAUUCGAAUCCAACCGAAAGGAUUUCGGCGUCGAGACGACUUACGACGAGAGUCUGUACACCACCGAGCUGAACCUCGACGAUGUACCUCAGCGCAUCCAGGAGCAGGCGACGCGGCUUGCGUCGGAGAUAUUAGGAAGUAGCGGCGAGGGCACCUUCUCGCAGCUCGAAGUAUACCUCGAGCAGGAUGAGGAUGUGGUUAACAACGCCACUGCGGAACAUAUGGUGAAGAAAGCGCUGGGUCGCAACUCUCGUGAGGAUAAGCGGGAGGACAAACGCGACGACAAGCGUGAGGACAAACGAGAGGACAAACGUGAGGAUAAACGCGAAGAUAAGCGUGAAGACAAGCGCGAAGACCGACGUGAGGAUAAGAGGGACGACAAGAGAGAGGAUAAACGCGAUGACAAACGCGAAGAUAAGCGUGAGGAUAAGCGCGAUGAUAAGAGGGAAGACAAACGCGAUGAAAAAUACCCACAGGGCAACAAGGGCAAGGCCCGCUCUUCUGGUGGAGACGGAGCUGCCGGUGGCCACAACUCACGCCCCGCUUCUUCCAGCCGCGUGAUGUCGUACAAGGAUAUAAUAGCCAACAGUGGGAACUCCCCGUCUCCGUCACAGAAGGGUGCUACGACUCAGGAUAACUCGCCUCAGCAGGGUGGCCAUGUGAAGGGCUCUGGCCACGACCGUGACUCGGCUCAGCAUGCGGUACGUUUCUGUGAUGCGUAUUCCGCAACUGUGUUUCAGCAACCUGCCGCCAGCCGUUCUGAAGGGAACCGCGGCCGUUCGUCAACAGGUGAAGCUCGCAGCGGUGAGCAGAAUGUAGAGGAGUCAAGGAAGGGUGAGCGUGGCGGUGCCUCCCAUCCACAGAAGUCUGAGGAGCGUGCUGCUGCUAAGCCAGCUGCCGAAGCCAAACCGGCUUCUCCCGCCGCCCAGACGACCGUAACCACUAAGAAGGCGUUCACUUUCAACCCGAACGCCUCCAGCUUUACUCCGUUUUCGGCUAUCCACAUUGCUGCGCGCCCCGUAUCUCCGUCACACCGGUCGGCUUCUCGUUCUCCCAUGAGGCAGGCUCAUGGCGCCCAGAAGGUGCGUCAUAUACUUUUUAGCCGUCAUUGCGUGCAGGCGUCAUUUGGUGAAUCCCGUACCGCGGGCGCUGGAGCUACCGCUACUGGUGGCAAGGGCAAGGACAAUGCAAGCGGUGUUGCGCAAACGAACGUAAAGUUCCGCCCAUUUAUUGCUAUGACUGAGUACCCGACGUUGGACGUGUCUGGCUACACCGCCCUGCCCUGGCCGCUGGCAGACUACACAUACGAGGAUGGCUGGCAGAGCUGCAGCGAUGCUUCGUACCGUAGCGUCAUAGGUGACGUUACCCAGUACUAUGCUGCUCCCGGUAUUAUGGCUAUGCGUCCUCAGCACCCUAUGGUCGCCUCGGCAGGCAUGGCCACGGUCCUGCUGCCCCAGGCCGGCCAUGUCACGUACCCUGCCUACCAACUCGGCGGGAUACCUGUCAGCAUGGUUCCCUACAAUCGGCAGGUGACUCCGAAGUUCUUCGCGCGCCAGGCUCAGCAGCCCAUGCAGGCUAUUGUGCCUACGCGGAUACCCGUGAGCGGCACCCCGACGCCUUCCAUUGGACACGCUCAGCCGCAGGUGAAACCCAAGCCUUGA